GCCUCUUCAGUACAAGAGCGACCAUCCUCGCACCUCCUGAGGCUAAAGAAGUGACUUUCAUCUGAAAAUCUAGUGAGCGUAAUGGCGCCCAUCCAGAAGUGUUACGACGUGAAGAUCUCUGCCCCUGGCGUGAGCUGCCGUCGGUGCGGAGGAUCCUCCAAGAGGUCCUGGGACACGUUCCUUCCCAUCGCUCGAAGGGGAAGCUUCUUCCAAGAUUCGUUCUUCGCCAAUAUACAGCACGACUUCGACGCCGCCGUCAGGGACGUUCUGAACCGAUGGAGUGACGACGACCUCACACUGACGGACCGCAGGAGCCACAGCGACAUCAUGGGGCGGUACAGACAGCUUCGCUCUCGUAACAGGAAGGAAGAGAACCAGGCCAUCACAGUGACUUCAGACAGCUCUAGUCAUAAGAUUGUUCUGGAUAUGCACGACUUCAUGGGUGGAGAUGUGAAGGUGAAGGUAGUAGGUGAGAAGGAACUGGUGGUGGAAGGACGUAUGGAGAAGGAAGAGGGAAGAUCCUCCAUGUCUGCACACUCCUUCAGAAGACGAUUUUCCUUGCCUCAUCUUACUGACAUGACAGCGAUCACAUCUGUCAUGUCUUCGGAUGGAAUCCUCAUAAUCAAUGUGCCAGAAGUUGAAGAAGAUGCACGGCAGAAGGCCACCGUCAUUCCCGUCCACGUCGAGAAAACUGAAAAUUCCUCAAGAAUGCAGAACUGGGAAUCUUCUAACACAUCUUCCACUGCGUCUGCCGAGGCCACCUCCGUACAAGGAAAGUCCUUGGAGGUGGAUCAAGAGGAAUGUGAAUGUGCAAGAUGUUCUUUGGAAAAUAGAUGCCAGGCUAAGAACACACAGAUUCCACUCAGCAAUGCAUCUCACUCACGGACUGAGGAAGGAGUUUCUGCCUCAAAACAAAGUUCUUCAGUGUACACAAAAUCGUCUCAGAAUGAAGGUGCAGAAAUUGGCUCUUAUGGAUCAUGGGACACUUUCCUGCCCAUCACACGAAGAGGAAAUUUCUUCAAGGACUCUUUCUUCUCUGAUAUACAUCAGGACUUCAACUCCGCCAUCAAGGAGGUCCUGGAAAGGUGGAAUGACACCGAUCUGAGGCUGAGAGACCGCUGGGACGGCGCCGAUUUCCUCGACCACUACAGGCAGCUUCGAUCCCGCGACUUGAAGGAGGAGAAUCAGGCUGUCACCGUCGCAUCAGGCAACUCUAGUUAUAAGAUUGUGUUGGAUGUCCAUGACUUCAUGGCUGGAGAUGUGAAGGUGAAGGUGGUGGACGAGAGGGAGUUGUUAGUGGAAGGACGUGUGGAAAAGAAGGAAGAGGGAAGCUCAUCCCUGUCGUCCUAUUCCUUCCGACGACGCUUCACUCUGCCACAGCACACUGACAUGACAGCCAUCACAUCUGUCAUGUCUUCAGACGGUAUCCUGACGAUCACUGCUCCUGCAAAGAACGGCAAGGCUCAGCAAGCCAAAAGCAUCCCGGUCACAGUCGAAGGAAAACGGGCUGUUUCUCAGGAAUCCUCCUCCUCUUCCACAAAGACAAGUGUUACCAACGAAUCUGUCAAGGAAAGGAAAGAAGAUUGUGAAUGCCUCCACUCUUCCAAGACAAGCGAAGAGAAGACUUCUCAGAAGCCAAAUGGGAUGAAGAUUCCAAUCCAGAUUAUCGGAUCUGUGACAAAGGAGUCUGAAAAGGCUCGAAGCUCCUCUGCAGACACCUACGUAAGCUCUCAAGAGAACGUCAGUCAGACUCAAGUUCAGGAGCAAAAGCAAAGGAAGGCUGAAACCAUAACUUCUAAGGAAUCAAGUGCUGCAACAUCUACCUCCGUUAAUAGAGAAAGGCAGUCUGGUGAGAAGAGGGAAUGCGAGUCUCAGGAGAAAUCGUCCCUUGUGGAAAGUACAAGUUGCCACGAAUCUGGAAGCAAGUUCAUCCCUAUUAGAAGAAGAGGACUUUUCUUUAGCGAUUCUGUGUUUCAAGACACCAGGGAUGACUUCCACAGGGCAAUAAAGGAGGUGCUAAGGAGCUGGGGAGAGGAAUCGUCCAUGUUCGAUGCUCUCACAAGCUACAGAAAUCUUCGUUCUCGAGAUCUUAGAGAGGAGAACCAGGCUGUCACGUCACUGGAGGACGAAUCUUACCAUAAGUUUGUGCUCGAUGUUCAUGAUUUUAUGAACGGCGGAGAGAUCAGCGUGAAGGCAGUGAACGAUCGAGAGCUGGUGGUCGAAGGUCACUUGGAGAAGAAGGAAGACGGUUCCAAGUCCAGCAAGCGGUUCCUUCGGCGCUUCGUUGUUCCUGGAGACAUUCAGUUGGAGGCCGUCACUUCGGUCAUGUCUUCUGACGGUGUCCUGACAAUUUCGGCUCCCAAAAGAUCUUACACCUUUCAGAAGCCAACGAUUGCAAUCCAAGAAGUCAAAGUACCAGUGACCAUCGAGGAAAAAGGAAGCAAGAGCCACACAGAGAUCGAAGACGAAAUCAUGAGCUCGGAAGGAGGUAGCCAUGAGGCUUCAUCAGCAUUCAAUAUCAGCACUGAAGGAAAACAAAACGUGAAGCUCAUAAUGUAAAGGAAACUUCCGCUAAGGCAUCGUCUCGGUUCUCCUCCGUCGAUACUGCUUCGUUUACGUCAAAUGAAAGUCAAACACGCAGGCACGUCAUUCCGGUUCACUACGAAGUUGGUAAUGAAAGCGACAGCCUCGAGCAACUUGAUCAGCAGCGUCAAGUUACUGUGAGGGACAGUCGAGUCUCCGAUGAUGCUGGAAAAUCGGAGUGUGAGGCGAAAGUGUCUUCUGAUUCCCUUAAGAGUAAACGCAAAUGCGCUUCAGGAAGUUCAUACUUGCCCAUAAUCAGGAAAGGUCUGUUUUCCGAAGACCAUUUCUUCGAGAAUGUAC